AUGGGAAGCGUCAAUAUUCUUGAGCCUUCUUUGAUCAAGGACCUUUCGAAUCACAUUUAUGAAAAACGUAAGGCCACAGCAUUCCAAAUUGAGAGUUUGACUAAAGCUGCUUUGGCCAGGAAUGACAGUCAGACUAUCUACAAGAUCAUCAAUGAAUUGACGGAAUUGACAAAUGGGGGAACCAAUUCAGCCAAAAUGGGGGCAAUCACAGCCCUUGGAAGUGUUUCUGUUGCACUUGGAUCGUUCGCAAUUGCAUACUUCUUGGAGGAAAUCAUAAAACCAAUAUUUGCUACUUUUAGAGAUACUGAUGCCAGAGUCCGGUAUUAUGCAUGUGAAUCUCUUUACAACAUAGCCAAGAUUGCAAGAGGAGAAAUGUUGCUUUAUUUCAACGAAGUGUUUGAUAUUUUAUGCAUUUUGGUUACUGAUACCGAGUCGUCUGUGAAAAAUGCAGCUGACAUUCUUGAUCGUUUGAUCAAAGAUAUCGUUAGUGCCAAGUCUACCAAUUAUGUGUCCAUUUUACAACAACAAGAGCUAUCCAAUGAAAUCCAAACACAUCUAGUGGAUGCCAAUGGCGUGGCAAUCCAGGUGAAUCAAGUGCAAGAUUCUCAAAAGGCAUUCUCGCUACCAAAGUUCAUACCAACGUUGUUGGAGAGGAUGUAUACCAUCGAUCCAUUUGCUAAGAAGUUUUUAAUUAGCUGGCUUGAAUUGUUCGAUGAUAUACCCUCGUUGGAGCUCAUUACCUUUUUACCCAACUUCUUAGAGCCGUUGAUCAGAUUCUUGAUGAAUAGUUCUCCUUCCGAUGUGAGGCUAGAAACAAGCAACAUAUUGAAUGUCUUCCUAAAAGAAAUCAAAUCGAUCUACAAAGUGAAGUAUGAGGUUAAGAAGAAUCAAUUGAUCCAAGAGAAGAAAAAGGCUCAAAAGGAGAAAGAAGCAGCCGAACGAAUUGAAUCUGUGGAUAAUAUUUCCGACGAGGUCAAGGAAAUCAAAUUACAUCAAUCCGAGGAAGAUGACACCAACUCCAUCAAAUCGGACGAUACUACAAUUGUAAGAAAAAUUGAGACGGACGACCAGGAACCCGAAUCUGUGGAUUUCGAAACCAAUGACGGGGAACCUCAGGAUGGUUUGUUCCUUAACGGACAGGAUAUUUUUAUUGACUACGCUAAAAUAAUUGAAAUAUUGUUGACCUUUAUCAGAACUCCAGAUGAAAAGGGAGAAAUGAAAAAUACAGAUUUAUCCAAUGAGCCCCAUGAAAUUUACUUGGAAAUCCAAUACGUUGUCUUAAAAUGGUUAUUAGAAAUCUUAGAAACAGUUCCAAUUGGAUUUGUGAAAUGCUUGCCUGAGUGUGUGUCCAUCGUAGUUUCGAACAUAUCCAUUACAGAUGAUGACAAGGACUUCGAAUUACGGAACCAAUUCUUGGAUUUCAACCGAUCCUUACAAGAAUUGUUGAUCAGAUUUAGUGAUGCGGAUGAUGGUAAUACUUCUGGAAUUGAAGAAGAAGAUUUUGUGAUAAAUGACAACUUGAUUCACGGUCUAACCAAGGAAGUCUAUGAUGAAUUUGUGGAGUAUCAGUUGCAAUACACCCUAAGCAAGAUAAUGAGUAAGUACUUGAAUUCGACUAAUGAAUUGUCAAGGAUUACAUCAUUAGAAUGGUUGUUGUUCUUAUAUACGAGAAACCCACAGGGCUUUUUUCAAUUCGUGGGAGAAGGUGAAAACAAGUUCGAUCUUACCAGUUUACUUAAGUCUUGCACCGAUGCAAGUAAUGAUGUAGUACUCAAAGUACUCCAACUUUUAUCAAAAAUCUCAGAGGCGAACGAUGAAUUUUUCAAGGACUUUAUGAUAAAAUUGAUACGAUUAUUGGAGAAAGAGAAAUCCAAUCCUCCUACUCUCACAAGAGGUAGGAUUGAAUUCAUAAUCAGAAAACUAUGUGUUUCACUUAAUUCGGAGAAGAUCUUCAAGACAUUAUCUGAAGUAUUGGUCUCACUUGAUGAUCUUGAAUUCUUAAAUGUCAUGAUUGUCACUCUUAAUGACAUUUUGUUGACCACCCUGGAGUUGUGCACCUUCCGGAAGAAAUUGAAGAAUCUUGACGUGUAUAAAAUCGAAGACUGGUCAUUGUUUGCUACACUUUUCCAAAGUUGGUGCCAUAAUGCUCCAAGUGCAUUAUCACUUUGUUUGUUAACUUCAAACUAUGAGUUGGCCUAUUUGAUAAUUAAAAAUUUGUCUGAAUUGGAAGUGACAUUUCAGCUUUUGACUCAAUUAGACAUCUUGGUUCAGUUGAUUGAAUCGCCCAUUUUCUUGAAGUUGAGACUCCAGUUGUUGGAGCCCGAGAAGCAUCCAUACUUGUACAGAACGUUGUAUGGGCUCCUCAUGAUAUUACCACAGUCCUCGACAUUUACCACCCUCAACAAUCGACUCAGCUCAAUAACGCACGUCCAUUCCGCAAGUGCAAUCACGACUGCUGUCCCCGCACCCAUAGGAACACCCGUAUCUACACCAGGCCCCGCUGGAGCGACCACGCCUGGUGUCAGUAACCAGCUCUCCAUCAAGAGAAAGAGGAUAUAUGAGAUGUUGGACAAGUUUACCAAGGUGCAAGAAAGGCACGAGGAAUACGCCAUCGACCGCAAAGUGAAGGGUGCAUUCAACGAACAAUCCAACGACGGCUACUCCAAGGACAGACUCAUCAGCUACAACAUGAGUUUUCCGGAAAAGAAGGACUACUUCAGUGAAGCAGGACAAUCGACUAGAAGGUACUAA